AUGUGUGAGAAGUGCAGGGAAGAAAGUGGUACCUGGUGGGGGGGGGGGGGGGGGGAACUAGAAUUACCCAAAAAGAGAAGCAAUGGAAAAUCAUAUAAGAAUGACGCAAGUGAUGAUGAUUUUGUUGAGAAGAAAAAGGAGGUGAGUUCUGGAAAGAAUGAAAGGAAAAUGAAAAGGAAAAGAGUUGACAAGAGUGUUAAUGAUAAAAAGGGUAAGGUGAAAGGGAAAAAAGUAAUUGGAGCUGAAGGAAAAUGUAAAGAAGGUAAGGUAGGAACUAAAUUUCAAAGGUUAAGUACUCGUAUGUCUCCAAAUUCUUUGUAUCUAGCCAUGAAAAUUUUGUCAAAGAGCCAGAGAGAAAUGAUGGCGUAUGCAGACAGAGUGAUAUGUGAAGAUGUCAAUUUGUGUAGGCAUAGGCCCUUCAUCACAGAAACUGAUUCGGAGCACCUUAGAGUGUUAGAAGAAUAUGAAGUAAGCAGGGGUGUAUUUGGAAAUCUAACUUUAAGGGAAAAUGUGGAUGGUGUGUUUUAUGAUGAGAUGAUGAAUCAAGAUAAUUCAAAAGAUAGAUCAGUUGAGGAGAGUUGUGGGAUUAUUGAGAGUAUGGUAGGAAGGUUGGUUGAGCAGAAGCAGGUUGUAGAGGCGAGUAGUUUGAUGUAUAUGGAAAUGCAUCCGAAUAAUGAUAAAGUGAAGGCAGUGAUUAAGAAGGUUGUUGACAUCUUUAAUGGAACAACACUAAAAGCCUUAAUUGCUGAAGGGCGUGAAGAUAGAAUGGAGGUUGAUGGUACGAAUGUGAAGGCAACAAAAGGAGGACAAACAAAUAAGGAUAUGAACCAAAUGAUUACUAAGUUGGCAAAUAAGAUGGGGGACGAUUUACUUAGUGGACGAAAAGUUAAUUCUGAAUCAAAUAUGGAUGCCUCAUAUCAUGGAAUGGAAGAAAUGUCCCCGAUAAUUGUGAAGCCAACUAGUAUGUGCAAUGAUAAGGUUCUGUUUGAGCAUCAUGGUGGUACACAGCAACAAAAUAUAGGAAUGGAAGUUGUAAUGUACAAUGGGAAUUCUACUUUUGAUUCUCCUUGUAUAUUAACACCUGGUUGGAUAAAGCAAGCUGAUGAAAUAGAAAGGAACAGCUCUAAAAAGAGUAGUAUGUUAAAUAAUGAUUGUCCAUCGUUUGAAGCUAAACUUAAUCAAUGCGCAGAUGAGAUGAAUACUAUGAAAGGGAAUGAAGGUAAAGAUGAUGCAAUUGUUGAACAGGAAGGUCUUAAAAGGACAAAGAGAAAUGUUGAAGCUGUAGUAGGGAUUAAAAUGAGAGAAAAAAAGAAAAUGAAGCAUGGGCCUACAUUGAAGUCACCUUUUGUACAAAGAGUUGUGGACUUGAAAGAUUCAGUUGAGAAAAAAGAAAUACUAGUUGCACAAGCCAUUAUUGGAUUAGGAAUGGAUAAAAGGGAGCUCGUAUGGGAAUCAAAAGAAGGGUAUGGAAUGCAUCUACAAUAUGCUAGAACUCUUGCAGCAAAAGUGAAUAUUCAUUCAAAUGUAAUCGACUAUUGGAGUGUUGUACUAAACAAAUUGGAAGAGAGUAAGGCAGAGUCGUCAUACUCUACACUUUUUUUUACCACAGGCACACUGGUUUUCUUCCCCAUUGUUGAUGGGAAUUACUACCUCAUAUGUUUUAACCUUAAAAGUUUUUCACUUUUGAUAAUUGAUCAAAGGAGAUUGGUGGGGACAGUUGAGUCGGUGUAUGGGAACAUACCCCGUGUGUUGCAAAAAAUUUUCUGUCAUUUUCUAAAUGAUGUCUGUAAGAAGAGGGUGAAGACCCUGAUGACAAGGAACGUGGUGGUGUUGAAAAUGAAGUGUCAAACAUACAACCGUUCAGAUGAUGGUGGAAUCUAUCUUAUGCGAUAUAUGGAGAGUUUUAUGGGGGAUCAAACAUCAAAGUGGGAUUGUGGGCUAGUUGUGGAUUUAAAAACACAAGAUAUGUAUUUACAGAAGUUAAGGUACAAGUAUUUGGUGAGGUUGCUGUUGUCUGAUCAUAAUAUUUUGAAGUGUGAUUUUGAAAAGGAGUAUGCAAAGUUUGUUAAAAUGGAUAAGGCGACAAGGAAGAGAAUAGUUCAGGAGAAUCUAAAAGUAGUCUUUGAUGAAGCAAUUGGUUAA